AUGUCUACAUCUGCAAGACGCCGCUUGAUGCGGGACUUCAAGCGCAUGCAAACAGAUCCUCCCGCCGGUGUCUCCGCCUCACCUAUCGCUGAUAACGUGAUGACCUGGAACGCAGUGAUAAUCGGCCCAGCAGACACCCCAUUCGAAGACGGCACAUUCCGCCUCGUCAUGCAAUUCGAAGAAGCCUACCCGAACAAGCCCCCCGGCGUCAAAUUCGUCAGCUCAAUGUUCCACCCCAACGUCUACGGCACCGGCGAACUAUGUCUGGACAUCCUGCAGAAUAGGUGGUCACCGACAUACGAUGUAGCUGCCAUCUUGACGAGUAUUCAGAGUCUGCUGAAUGAUCCCAACACAGGCAGUCCGGCGAAUGUGGAAGCGAGUAAUCUGUACAAGGACAAUCGGAAGGAGUAUACGAAGCGGGUGAGGGAGACUGUGGAGAAGAGUUGGGAGGAUUAG